GACAACAUAGAAAAGAUGAAAGCUAAGAUCGAUCUCUCAAAUGAUAAAGGUUAUGGUCAAGGUAGUCAACAAGCCAGUCAGACCACUCAAGCCACUAGUCAACCAACAGCUCAGAUAACCCACGCAAGUAGUCAACCAACAGCUCAGACCACCCAAGCCACUAGUCAACAAACAGCUCAGACAACCCAAGCAACUAGUCAACCAACAGCUCAGACAACCCAAGCAACUAGUCAACAAACAGCUCAGAGAACCCAAGCAAGUUGUCAACCAACAGCUCAGACCACCCUAGUCGCUAGUCAACAAACAGCUCAGACAACUCCAGCAACUAGUCAACCAACAGCUCAGAACACCCAAGCCACUAUUCAACAAACACCUCAGACCACCCAAGAGAUCAGUCAGCCUGCUGCAGGGUCAAGUGAAACUGCAGCUUUUCAAAUUGAUGAAAAUGACAUUCCUCACUAUGAUAAUGCGGUGUCUUUCGUUAAGUUAGCUGUUAUUUUCCGCACAAAUAUCAGAAAAGAUAUCAUUGAAAUAUUCUCACAGCCUGAUAUUUUGAUGUGCCACCUUGAUCUUGUUGUCUAUGAUGAACGUGGCGAAGUGGAAAAAGGCAAAGGAAAGGGAGCUCUGUUAGAUGUAUUCACAGCAUUUUGGCAGGAAUUUUUUAUGGGUUAUGCUGUUGGAAGUACUGAGGAAAUUCCUUAUGUUAGACAUGACCUACAAAAGCCCCAGUGGGAGUUAAUAGCAAGAGUUCUUGUCUAUGGCUAUCUGUAUCGUAAAUAUUUUCCACUCUCCUUGUCCAAGUCAUUUGUGAUGUCAUGCCUGUUUGGAGAACAAGCUAUUGAACCAGAGGAUUUGGUGCAGUCUAUCAGAGAUUUCAUUACACAUGAAGACCGUGAAGUAUUGAAUAUGUGCUUGAGUGAAGAGUUUGAUCCAAAUGAUGAAGAUGCUCUACAAUUCCUCAGUUCCUUCAAAUGUUUCAGGGUUCCCACCAAAGAAACCAUCCACAAAACUGUUCAGGAGCUGUCUCAUCAAGAGCUUAUACAAAAGCCAAGGUACAUUCUUAAUUGUUGGUCACCAUUAGUAGCACAUCUAAAGUCAGAUCCCAGCUUCAAGUCUAAAGAAGGGAUCAUGGAAUUGUAUGAUGCCAAGCAACCAACUCCAAAGAAGGUAAUCAAGUUGUUCAAGGCUGAACCAUCAAGCGAGCAAGAGCACCACAGUUUUGAACACCUCAAGAGAUUCGUCAAAUCACUUGAGGGGAAAUCUCUGCAAAGGUUUCUUCACUUCUGUACAGGAAGUGAUGUAAUCACAUGUCAAUCUAUUGAGGUCCAGUUUUCUCGUGAUGAUGGAUUUGCGAGGCGUCCAGUUGUCCAUACCUGUGGACCCAUGUUGCAGUUACCAUGCACCUACGAGUCAUAUCCUGAACUUGCAGAAGAGUUUACAAUGAUGAAAGAAGGAGCUGCAUGGCCUUUUGAAUUGGUUUAGGAUACUGCUUUAUGGUUGUUUACAUUUGUUAUAAAAUUACUAGAUUCAUGAUUUUGAUACAGAUAAAGGAUAAAGGACACAGCUUUAUGAAUUCAUGAUAUAAAUUAAUGAUUUUGAUUUUUUUGUUAAGAUUUUAAUGUUAGGAUUUAGACAGGGGAGCCACUGCCAUUUUAACUUUCGUAGUUUAUUUUAGAUAGAUCUUUUUUCCUAGUCCAAUUGUUUCUCUCAGCAUUCAACAAAUGAUCCAUUAGAAUAGCCACAAUUUAAACACUAAAUGUACAGUUUUUGAAAUGACUUUGAACUGGCCAAAUUCUUUUUCUGUUGUUACGUGAUCUUUAAAAAUUGGUUUUAGACAAUGUAUUGAAAUAAUAGUGCAAAAAUUGUAUAACUGAGAUUUGAAGAGUAAAUUCUGGCUUCUUGUAGAUUGGGGUGAGUAAAAUCACAUUGAAACUUAGGUUUAAGUACAAUAUUAUGGUAUAUUUACGAGGAUUUCAAACCAUAACAAUGGUCAUGUAUGGAACUGGUCAGUUUAAUAAUUAUAAGUUAAAGCAUAGUUAGUAGAGGGAGAGACUCUUGUUCUUCGGCCAUCGAAGUUUGAUAAGAAAAACAACACAUAAAGCGGUUAUAAACAUGGUGAAGCAAUGCAUUUUAUAAAAACAGACUUGACGUUUCGUAUGUCACAACAUACAUUCUCAAAAGUAACCGUUAAAAGAUGAAAAGCUAUCUAUAUUCAAAACAAAAAUAGCGAGCGAUCUGGGAAAAACUAAAAAUAGUAGUGACGCGUUAAUAAAGUGACAACAUGUCA